AUGGCCCUGUGUUCGGCGAGCCGCGGCGCGAAGCGGAUGUUUGUGCGCCCCAAGCGGGCGUACUCGAGCCGCGCGCCGCCGUACGAGGCGAUUGCCGUACCGAAAAGCAUUGAUCGCCUUGCCGCGGCGCUUGCCGACCAGGCGCGCGUCGACGCCGAAGUCGGCGAUCCGAUCUAUUCCUACCGGCGCCCGCUUGGCACGGUGCCACGGUGCUACGACCAGCUGUACGCGCCCGACGUGCCGAGCGUAGUGCGCAAGCCCAAAGUGACGUAUUUUGAUAGCGAGCGCGAGGUCGAUGCGCUGCUGCCCGGCGCGUUGGCGCGCUGUGGCACCGUCGCCAAGUCGGUGGGCUUCGACCUGGAGUGGAAUAUGGGCCAGUUUCCCGGGCGCACGGCCGUGAUGCAGCUCGGCAUGGCAAACAAUAUCUACAUUAUACACCUCUCGGCAAUGGGUUGUGUGCCCCAGAGCAUACGAGAGAUGCUCGCCGAUCCGCAUAUCCUCAAGGUCGGUGUCGCGGUGCGCAACGACGGGCACAAGCUUCGGCGCGACUUUAAGCUCGUGAGCAACGGGCUGGUCGAGCUAAGUGCGAUGGCCAAGGCGCUCGAUCCCAGCCGCUGGAAGCACCGCCGUCUGCUCGUCAGCCUGCGCGACCUGUGCCAGUCCUACCUCGACCGCACGCUGCGCAAGGACGCAGUGCGUGUGAGCCGGUGGACCAAUACCCCCCUGUCGCACCUGCAGCAAGAGUACGCGGCGAGCGACGCGUACGUUGGCCUCGAGCUCUUUCACCAGCUCGUCCUGCGUACCUAUGAGCGGGCGACACGGCGGGUGCUCGAGCAGCCCCCCGCCGACCUCGCCGCGACGCCGUACGAGGCGGCGAUGGCGGUCGUGCGGCACGCAACCAGCAGCGUGAGCGACGCGCCGCCGAAGCCGAAAAAGGCGCGGCCAAGUCGUCUCGACAGCUCCUUUGGCCCCGAAAAGAAGGCGUACCAGCGCGCACUCGCCGCGUGGCGCACCAAGCAGCUCACCCUGGUCGAGCUCGCGUCGCGCGCAUGCAUCCGCAUCGGCACCUCGGCGCGGUACGUGAUGCGUGCGCUGGACGAGGAGCUGGCCGCGCAGCGUGCGGCCGGCCGCCCAUGCCGCCUCUCGGACGAGGAGCGCGAGCGGCUCCGCGCCGAGUUUACCUCUGCUGAGGUGCGCCGCAAUGCGCGCUUCCACUACGUCUUUCUGCGCGACCAUCACGUAUUUACGCACGCCGAGCUUGCUGCGAUGAAAUAG